CCGCCUUAUCUGCAGCUGCGAAGCGGGUACUUUCAGUACGGCAGACGAUACUUGUGGCAGCAGCAAUGGCAGCCAUCGUCUUCGUUUUCGUCUUCUCCUUGCUCCUGCUCCUCUCUGCUGCUGCUCUGGGUUUCACGAGGACCGACUUCCCGCCGGACUUCGUCUUCGGCGCCGCCACCUCCUCAUACCAGUAUGAGGGUGCUGUGGAUGAGGACGGCAGGAGCCCAGGCAUCUGGGACACCUUCACUCACGCAGGGAGACUGUCGGACAAAAGCACCGGUGAUGUCGCUUCCGACGGGUACCACAGAUACAAGGAUGAUGUAAAACUCAUGGCUGACACUAACCUAGAGGCUUACAGAUUCUCCAUCUCCUGGUCAAGGCUUAUUCCAGAUGGGAGGGGGACUGUCAACCCAAAAGGUUUGGAGUACUACAACAACCUUAUAGAUGAGCUAGUAAAACACGGGAUUCAAGUCCAUGUUAUGCUGCACCAUCUCGAUUUCCCACAAGUUCUGGAGGAUGUGUAUGGAGGCUGGUUAAGCCCUAGAAUUGUGGAGGAUUUCACAACAUUUGCAGAUGUAUGCUUCAGGGAGUUCGGAGACAGGGUUUCAUACUGGACUACGAUAGAUGAACCUAAUGUCGGUGUAAUCGGGUCUUACGAUACCGGAAUAUUCGCACCCGGACAUUGCUCCGAUCCUUUCGGACUGAUAGAAUGUAUCGUGGGGGACUCAACUGUGGAACCGUAUGUAGCAGCUCAUAACAUGAUAUUGGCGCAUGCAUCAGCUACAAGACUUUACAGGAAAAAAUAUCAGGCCACGCAAAAAGGACUGGUUGGCAUAAAUGUUUACUCCUUUUGGACUUAUCCUUUGACAAACUCUACCGCUGACUUACAAGCAACAGAAAGAUAUCAGGACUUUGUGUUCGGCUGGGUACUAGGUCCCUUGGUGUUUGGAGAUUACCCACAAGUGAUGAAGAAGAAUGUUGGUUCUCGACUCCCAUCCUUCACAAAAUUCCAGUCUGAAGCUAUCAAGGGCGCCAUUGAUUUCAUUGGAAUAAAUCACUACUUUUCUAUCUAUGUGAACGAUCGCCCUUUAGACGAAGGUCCUCGGGACUAUGAAGCAGACAUGUCUGUUUAUCAGAGAGGAUCUAGAACAGACCCACCAUCUGGUCAGUUUAACCCAGAAGAUUUUCCGAACGAUCCGGAUGGACUACAAUUUGUGCUCCAGUACCUGACAGAAGCCUAUGGUGGCCUUCCCAUUUAUGUCCACGAGAAUGGCGAUGCAUCUGACAACGACGUUCUCGAUGACACCGACCGGCUCGAGUACCUGAAGAGCUACAUUGGGAGUGCACUGGCCGCAGUAAGGAAUGGUGCUAACUUGAAAGGCUACUUCGUCUGGUCCUUCCUGGACCUCUUCGAGUUCCUGGGAGGGUACAACUCAGGGUACGGCCUGUACCGUGUCGAGUUUGGCGACAAGGCGCUGCCACGGCAAGCUAGGCUCUCUGCUCGCUGGUACUCCGACUUCCUGAAGAAGAAGAAGGACAGUGGCAGCGUCCAUGUUCAGAAUGAGCUUGAGAAUACAGGAUCAAGAGAGAAAGUGUUGCAAGUAAAUGAAAUUAACGCGGUCCUCGUCUCCGCGUCGGCGGCGCAGGACAAGAAGGGGAAGAACCGCCUCGUCUAUCCGCCGCAGUUCGCGAGGCUCGUCCGCUCGCCAAGGCUGUCCGAGGGCUUCUUCCCCGACGACGACGACGGCGUCUUCAGCUACGCCAAGCCCCUGGCCUCGCGGCGCGGGCUGCUCCUGGCGCGCGUCAUGCCCACGCCCCUCGACCGCCGCAAGCUCCACCUGGCCGUGUGCCACCCGCUCCUCGGCCACCGCCGCAGCACGCGCCUCGUCCCGCCGCCGCCGCACCUCGACCUCUUCGGCGCCGACAUCACCGGCUACGCGCUCCUUCCAACCGACCACCGCGACCACCAACGGGAGCCCGAGUUCCGGGUGCUCAUCACCGCCGUCCACGCCGGCGACCGGGAGGACGACAAGCCCGCGCACCACUACGCCUACUGCUACUCCUCCGCCACAUCCACCUGGAGGAGGAGCGCGCCCAUCGACUGCCCAGCCAUGACCAUGUGGAACGCUAGCACUGCUACUUCCUCUUCCAGCGGCGGCGGCCUCACCAUGUCCGGGCCGCGCGCCGGCGUCGUGGACGCGCACGGCACGGUGCACUGGCUGUACAGGGACGAGACAAGCUUCUACACCCUCGACCAACAAUUGCAGCCAUGGCCAUCUUGUCUUCCCUGCUGCUGCUGCUGCUGCUGCUGUCCGCCGCCCAUGGCGCGGCGGCUCCUGCUCCCGACGGCUACACGAGGAGCGACUUCCCGCGGGGGUUCGUCUUCGGAGCCGCCACCUCCGCGUACCAGGCAUUCCCAUGUUUUGCAGUACGAGGGCGCCGUUGCUGAAGACGGCAGGAGCCCAAGCAUCUGGGACACCUUCACUCAUGCAGGGAAAACGCCGGACAAGAGCGUAGGCGAUGUCGCUGCCGACGGGUACCACAAGUACAAGGAUGAUGUCAAGCUCAUGGCGGAGACGAACCUGGAGGCGUAUAGGUUCUCCAUCUCCUGGUCAAGGCUUAUUCCAAAUGGGAGGGGAGCUGUCAAUCCAAAAGGUUUAGAGUACUAUAACAACCUUAUAGAUGAGCUAGUGAAACAUGGGAUUCAAAUCCAUGUUAUGCUUCACCAGCUCGAUUACCCCCAGAUCUUGGAUGAUGAGUAUGGAGGAUGGUUAAGCACCAGAAUUGUAGAGGAUUUCACAGCAUUCGCAGAUGUGUGCUUCGGGGAGUUUGGAGAUAGGGUUUCCUACUGGACUACGAUAGACGAACCUAAUGUCGCUGCGGUUGGGUCUUACGAUACUGCACAAAUCGCGCCCGGACGCUGCUCUGAUCCUUUUGGAUCAACAAAAUGUACUGCGGGGGACUCAACUGUGGAACCAUACGUAGCAGCUCAUAACAUGAUAUUGGCACAUGCUUCAGCUACUAGACUUUACAGAGGAAAAUACCAAGCCUUGCAAAAGGGAGUUGUUGGCAUAAACAUUUACACAUUUUGGACUUAUCCUUUGACGAACUCUACUGCGGAUAUAGAAGCGACUAAAAGAUGCCGGGACUUCAUGUUCAAUUGGAUACUAGAGCCCUUAGUGUUUGGAGAUUACCCGCAAGUGAUGAAGAAGAUUGUUGGUUCUCGCCUUCCAUCAUUCACAAAAGUCCAAUCUGAAGCUGUCAAGGGUUCUGUUGAUUUCAUUGGAAUAAAUCACUACUAUACUCUCUAUGUGAAUGAUAGCCCUUUACAGAAAGGUGUUCGUGACUUUGCAUUAGAUAUGUCAAGUGCCUACCGAGGCUCGAAAACAGACCCGCCAGUUGGUAAGUAUGCCCCGACAGCUAUUCCAAAUGAUCCAGAAGGAUUGCAACUCAUGAUGCUGUACCUGAAGGAAACCUAUGGGGACAUUCCCAUUUAUGUCCAAGAGUCCGGUCAUGGAUCUGGUAAUGACACUAUCGAUGACACCGACAGGGUCGAGUAUUUGAAGACCUUCAUAGAGAGUACACUGGAUGCAAUAAAGGAUGGAGCCAACGUGAAAGGCUACUUUGUCUGGUCUUUCCUGGACGUCUUCGAGGUCCUGUCAGGGUACAAGUCACGCUACGGCCUGUACCGUGUCGAUUUCGACAACGAGGCUUUGCCGCGGCAAGCGAGGCUCUCUGCUUGCUGGUACUCCGGCUUCCUCCGGAAGAACAAUGGCACCCAUGUUCAGAGCGUGCUCGGCAAUGCAGGACCGCAUGCUGAACAAUGAGUCAUCCUAUCAGAUGCAAUGGGGGUUCAACACUUGAACGUAUGUACGCGUAUCCUGGCAAAACAAAAACGGUGUAUAUACACAUAGAUACGAUCAAUAUAGUUUGGGAAAAUGAGAUAUAUGAAACUGUAACUUUGGCAACAUAGAGAAAUACCAUUGCAAUUUUGCUCU